AUGGUUUUCAAGAUACAAGGAUGUGUUUUCGAAGAUGCAAAGCAGCUUUCUGAAAGCACCAAGGCACGUGCUGCCAAGAGAUGUGACAGAAAUUGGGUUCACCGAGACGGUGGACAUACUCAAGCAGUUGUUUGUCAAUGUCUGAAACUAGAGAAGAGCCCUUCAGAAGACUUCCUUACGUAUACCGGUCGAGUGAAUGAAUUUUGCGAGAGAGCAAAGAUUCACGAGUUAGACGGCAUCAAAUGCUUGCUGUGGAUUUUCGGGCUGAAGUCACAGCAGGAGGCAGAGAUCAGGCAGAGGCUGAUCACAAUACUGGAUAGAGACUACAAAGCAGGCAAAACGGUCUCACUGCAACAAUUGCAUCAGGAGUGCGAAAACUUCUUAAGCCUUAAGAGAGACAGUGAAGUUGUCGCCGGAACUAUGAAACUAGUGGAAGCCACGUCCGUCCAGAAGCGAAAGGAAAUAGAAUGUUGGAACUGCGAAGGCAAACGUGCUAGUGGAUGCCAAGCAAAACCGUGGUUCUGCAAGAAGUGCAGGAAGGUCGGUCACAAGGAAAAGUUUUGUGACACUUUACGACAAAAGAAGACUGCGGGUCGCACAGAGGCGACGCAGAAAACUCAGCAUACUAAAGAGAAGUUCUCGAGGAACAGAAACAACAGAGGUCCGAGAAAACAAGUACGAAUCGUCAAGAUUGCAAAUGCAGCAGUUCAGGCAAACUCUUCCCGUGUGUACAUCGACGCUGUAGUGAACAACUACUCAGUCAAAUUUCUUCUCGAUACUGGAUCAGACAUCACGUUACUGAACGAGAAGAUUUGGAAGAAGAUGGGCUCCCCAGCAUUGGAAAAGACCAAUAUAGUCGUGAAAAACGCAAGUGGAGAUACCAUGAAGAUAUAUGGAAAGCUUAAAUGCAAGAUUACCAUGAAAGGUGUCACUACUGAAGGAGACGCCUAUGUGACGCCGCACAACUCACUCUUGGGUCUCGAAUGGAUUCGAGCAAAUGAGAAUUUGAUGUACCACAUAGAAAUGAUGGCUGCUGAAGUGAAGGCCAACUGUAACCCCAGACGUGAAGAAGAGUUGAAGAAAACAUUCCCGGAUGUUUUCGAAGAAGGUGUAGGACGCUGCACCAAGGAAGAAGUCAAUACGUUGAAGAGAGGAUUUAGAAAACUCAAAGGGGAAGAGAAACCGUCAGAGGACAAGUUCAAUGUUAUGCUGCAAGCACACCGAACCACCCCACACAGAUGUCUUGAGGACAGAACCAAAUCAUCAGCAUGGUCGUACGUCGAAGAAAAUCGCUGGAAGAUGAAGGAAUUCAAAAAGGGAGACGACGUGUAUGUUCAGGUGUGGAAAGCCCCACACUUCACAUGGAAGCAAGGAGUUGUCGCAAAACGACUUGGGAAAGUUAACUAUGAGGUCGUCGUGGAAGGAAGGCUGAUGCGGAAACACGCAAAUCAAUUACGACAUAGCAAUACAGGGACAAGCUGUAGUGGUGAAGACAAUUCCUUGAAAACCCUGCUCGACGUGUUAGAAUUGGACGACAAUUGGCUAAGAAGCAACGACGAGACUGCUAGUGACUUGGACGUCAACACCGCUCUACCGUGCUCUCCAGAACAUCAAUGCGACGAUCGACUAGAAUACGAAGACCUGUGA